AUGGCAACCGAAAUUCGCGUGCCCACUCUGGGUGAAUCCGUUUCUGAAGCAACUAUUGCACAGUGGUUCAAGAAGCCGGGCGACGCCGUCAGUCAGGACGAGCCGCUCGUGGAACUGGAAACCGACAAGGUGACCGUUGAAGUACCGGCCCCGACCGCCGGGACGCUUGAAAGCAUCGUGGUCAACGAAGGGGACACCGUAGAGGUCGGUGCGCUUCUCGGACAGAUCGCAGAAGGCGCCGGAGCUGCGGCCGCACCGGCUGCCGCCGCGCCUGCUCCGGCCAAGGCAGAGGCAGCUCCCGCGGUAAAGGCGGAGCUUGUGGACGUGAUCACGCCGAGCGCCGGUGAAUCGGUCACCGAGGCUGAAGUCGGUGAAUGGAGCGUCAAUGUCGGUGACGUCGUCAAGACGGACGAUACGCUUGUCGAACUGGAAACAGACAAGGCCGCCCAGGAAGUUCCGGCCCCAGUCGGCGGAACCGUCGUGAAGAUCGCGGCGGAGACAGGUGCCACGGUUGAGCCGGGCGUUCUGCUCUGCCAGAUCGAUCCUUCGGGUGCUGCAGCUGCUGCCGCCCCGGUUGCAGCCGCUUCGGCGCCGGCGCCGGCAGCCUCAGGUACUUCGAUGCCAGCAGCGCCCUCGGCACAGAAGAUGAUGGCGGAAAACAAUCUUGCCGACGGUCAGGUUGCAGGUUCCGGCAAGCGCGGUCAGGUUCUGAAGGAAGAUGUCAUUGGAGCGAUUGCGUCCGGCGCGACCGCUGCUGCAUCCGCUUCGGCAGCGACGCAGGUCGCCCGGGGUCCGGUUGCAGCUGAUGAUGAAGGACGUGAAGAGCGCGUCCGCAUGACCAAGCUGCGCCAGACCAUAGCGCGCCGCCUGAAGGAUGCGCAGAACACAGCCGCAAUGCUGACCACUUACAAUGAAGUGGACAUGGGCCCGGUCAUGGAUCUGCGCAAGGAAUACAAGGACCUGUUCGAAAAGAAGCAUGGCGUCAAGCUCGGCUUCAUGGGGUUCUUCACCAAGGCGGUCACCCAUGCCCUGAAAGAGAUCCCGGCUGUCAACGCCGAGAUCGAUGGCACGGACAUCAUCUACAAGAAUUUCUGCCACAUCGGCGUCGCCGUCGGCACACCCAAGGGUCUCGUGGUUCCGGUUGUCCGCGAUGCGGACCAGAUGUCCAUUGCGGAAGUCGAAAAGGAGAUCGGCAAUCUUGGCCGCAAGGCACGUGACGGCAAGCUCGGCAUGGCCGACAUGACCGGCGGUACCUUCACCAUUUCCAAUGGCGGUGUUUAUGGUUCGCUGAUGUCGUCUCCGAUCCUGAAUGCGCCGCAGUCCGGCAUUCUGGGCAUGCACAAGAUCCAGGAUCGCCCGAUGGCCGUGAAUGGUCAGGUGGUGAUCCGUCCGAUGAUGUAUCUGGCGCUGUCCUAUGACCACCGAAUCGUCGACGGCAAAGAAGCCGUGACCUUCCUGGUCCGCGUCAAGGAAAGCCUGGAAGAUCCGCAACGCCUGGUUCUGGAUCUUUAA